AUGAGUGUGAAGUGUCACUUGUUUUACUCUUCAGGCUCUCUGGGGCAGGAGGAGCUGGAUGGUUCCUCUAGGCUGAAGCAUACCGAGAUAUUUAAAAAGCGGGGCCACUGGGGAAGGGUUUCUGCUCGCAAAGUGUGGCUGAGGGUGCCGCGGCCAAAGCCGACGCCGGCGGUAGCUGCUCUUCCCCUUUCCCCAUCUUUUCCACUGGGAGGAGCAGAUGGAGCUGGUCAGAUCCUCAUCAUCCUGGCCCGUGGUUCAGCCCGCCGAAGUCAGGGGGAGCACAGCUGGGACAGCCGGAGGAGGGAGGCAACAAGAAGCGGCCCGCAGGUGAUCCAUCUGAGGCAGAAAGAAGGCUUCUUUCUCCGAAACUUCCCCCUUUACACCUACUCGCUGGGGCAGCGGGUCCUAGAUGUGCCACCCAGCCAGGGCUGCUACUACGAAGGCUACGUGGAGGGGGAUCCGAGCUCCCUGGUGGCGCUCAGCACCUGCUCGGGGCUCCGGGGCCUGCUGGCCGUGCAGGCCGCGUCCUACGGCCUGGAGCCGGUUGAACGCUCGGCCCGCUUUGAGCACAUCCUGUACCGCGAGGACCCGGCCCCCGGGGGCACCUGCUCGCUCGCCGAAAGGGAGAUCCGCAGGCAUGAGGCCGGCGGGCGGGGCAGGGCGGGCAAAGCCCAGGGCCUGGGCGGCCAACCCGCCGCCUGGACCCACAAAAAGUACCUGGAGCUCUUCCUGGUGGUCACCAAACUGCGAUUCACCAUGUCCGAGAGCAACGUGACCAAGACCACCCAGCUGGUCUUGGAGGUGCUCAACAUCGUCCACAGUCACCUGCAGCAGCUGCACCUGGAGCUGGUCCUGAUCGGCUUAGAAAUCUGGACCGAGAAGGACCUGGUGGACAUCGCCGACACCAUGCCAGACACCCAGGAGAACUUCAACCGCUGGAGGAUCAAGGACCUGUACUGGCGGGUGCCCCACGACCUGGCCCACCUCUUCACCGGGAAGAAUUACGGGAAGACCCUGGGCCGCGCCUACAUCGGCGGCGUCUGCACCUACAAUUCGGCGGCGGGGGUCGACGCUUUCUGGCGGGAAGACAUCUUGCGCUUCGCGGGGACCGUCUCCCACGAGAUCGGCCACAACCUGGGCAUGCAGCACGACACGCUCUCCUGUCGUUGCGGGGACGGCGGGGAGACCCUCUGCCUCAUGUUCCCCAACGUGCUCGUGAACUACAAGUUCAGCAACUGCAGCGUGCAGUACUUCUACGACCUGCUGCGGGACGGGGAAGGGGAGUGCCUCUUCGACCGGCCGGCGGCGUCCAGAGUCUUCGGGGGGCAGCGCUGCGGGAACCGGGUGGUGGAGGCCGGGGAGGCCUGCGACUGCGGCGACCCGGCUGCCUGCUGGAAGGACCCCUGCUGCCUGCCCACCUGCCAGCUCCGGCCGGGCGUCGACUGCGCCUCGGGGCCCUGCUGUCACGGGUGCCGGUUCCAGAAGGCCGGGGUCCUCUGCCGGGGCAGCGUGGACGUGUGCGACCUCCCCGAGUACUGCAACGGCACCUCCCGCUGGUGCCAGCCCGACGCCCACAAGCAGGACGGCUCCCCGUGCCGGGACCGGGACUACUGCUACCGCGGGCGGUGCCGCAGCCACGGGGGCCAGUGCGCCCGCCUCUUCGGGCCGGGGGCCGAGGCCGCCCGGGACGGCUGCUACCGGCACGUGAACACGGCGGGCGACCGGUUCGGCAACUGCGGCGUCGCCGUCCAGGGCCUGAAGAGGGACUUCUCCAAGUGCCGGCUCGGGGACGUGCUGUGCGGCAGGCUGCAGUGCGAGAACGUCCGGCGGCUGCCCCGGAUGGGGCACCAACACACCCUCGUCCAGUUCCCCCUGGAGGGCAGCUGGUGCUGGGGCAUGGACCCGCUCUCCCCCGUCGACGCGCCCGACGAGGGGGCGGUGGAGGACGGGACGCUGUGCGGCCCCGGGAGGGUCUGCCUGAACCACACCUGCGCCAACGCCUCGCUGCUCGGCUACGACUGCGACCCGGCCGCCAGGUGCCACGGCCGGGGCGUCUGCAACAACUUCAAGAACUGCCAUUGCCGUUACGGCUUUGCCCCGCCCCGCUGUGAACUCAAGGGCUUCGGGGGCAGCGUGGACAGCGGGCCCGCCCCCGAGAGGGCCUCGGGCCUGAGAAGCACGCUCCUCUGGACCCUGCUCACCCUCGGCUUGGUGUUUGCCGCCAUCUUCAUCAUCGCCUUCGUCAAGCGGCGCCAGGUCCGGGAAGCCUGCAACAGGGCACGGGAGAGGCUGAGGCGUCGGCUGGGCGCGGAGACCAGUCAGAGCGUAGGGGGAUAGGGCGCCGGAGGGCAGGACGGGGCCGGUGGUCAGAAGGGAGUCUUCGGCAGAUUCCAGUUGUUUCGAAACUACCCGUCGGGGAAGGUGAAGAGCAGCAGCCGGAGAGGGGGAAAUAACGCCACAGAAUCAUCCGUCCUCGAAUGGGGCUGCGGAGGCCCAGUUUGAGGCAGAUUUCAGGCAGCAGGGCUGGCUCGGGUGCAGGCCUGGGUGCGGCCUUCAGUUGGGAGAGAGCGGCUCUCGGGUCUGAAUUUAGCACGUGCGCUGGCCGGCGUGCGGGAAGGGCUCCUCGGUUACUCUGAAUAAAGAGAACUGCAUCCUCUC